CACCUUUUUCUUUUUUCCACGGACAGCCAUAUACGCACCACGCACGUCUUCUUCUUCCGCUUGGCCGUGGUGUAAAUACGAUAUUUCCAUACACCCACGUUUAUACACUUCUCCUAAAGAGCUGGAAAGACUAACAAUUCGCACACGAUGGCAAACGCGGACAAUCUCAUUGAAGCCCUCAAGAUUGAACAUGGUGUCAUUUCCAAAGAACUCACGCGAUUCCGCCCCUGUCACCCGGAGACGCGUUGCUACUUUUGUCGCGAAUGGGCCCAGUACAUUUAUAAAAAGCAUGUCGCGUCGUCGCAAAAAGCUCAAGACAGUCAGCAGCAACAACCUUUGUUGUUGAAAGCCGGUCGCUACCGCUUGCGUUUUGCUAACAAUGCCACGAACGGUGACGACCAGAAAGAGAAUGCUCGCGGUUUGUUCCGUGCCGUUAAGCAAAAGGUGGACCAAGACGGGACUGCUUCAACCACCACUACCACACUCACUAGUAACAACAAUGGCAAAACGCAACAACAACAACAACGACAACGACAACAGCAAACUUUGAUCGAGGAGAUCAUUUCGGCGUGCAUUGCUUGGAUCGAAGCACCGAGCAGCUUGACAACAUUGACAUCAUUUUAUGAACCUGUACAGUUUGACCCGUACGACGAGGCGCUAUUCGAGGUGGAGGAUCCCAAGGAGCCCGCACGACUAUUGGACCCGUUGGUAGUGAAAAGACAACACGUGUAUCUUCCAUCCAAGGAAUUUAACUUGCUGAAAAACUUGACGGGAGACGUGCUACUCUCCCACAAGGAGGCCAUGUGCGACCAUAAGCGACCUGAAUGGAAAUCGCCGAGCGACUUGGACGUGGACCGCAACAUCUUUAACGAAAAAUUGGCCAUUGAGGUCCAAAAGGCCCUGGUACAGUUGGAGCAAGCACUCACCAAAUCGUGGCAGCCCCUGACCGAAUUCAUGGAACAAUUGCGCUCGGUCGACAAGGAGCGGGUACGAGUGAUUGGCAAGGACGAGUGUCAGAAGGAUAUCGACUCUUUUGCGAGCAAGCAGGAUAUCACGGCAUUUACAGACUAUUGGACACCUCUAGCUGCCAAUUUCAAGAAAAAGCAGCGGACUCCCGUUGAUCUUGCUACUGUGGAUGCUGCGUUCAAUGACUAUUUCCAAGACUUGGUGCGCAAAGCACAGCAGUUUCUAUCCGAGUUUGCCUUGCCGCGACUGUUGGCCGCGUGUGCCUUGGUGAGCAACCUGUGCAGUCUGGUCAUGCCGGCGAUGAGUCAGGCGGCCAAGCGUAUGGCUUCACUUGAGAACAGAGAUGAUGCUACCCAUAAAAAGAACUGUGAUGCGGUGACCGAAUCGUUUGAAAAACUACAACCUAUCGAGGACGUCCAGUCUGCCAUCGAGAGUGUCGCGAAGGAGACAGAGGCACGGAUCAAGGAAUAUGUGGCCGAAAUCGAAGCGCUGAAAAAGGCAUACGAGGAAGGCAAACCAAGCGUGACCAUGCGGCUCGACAAGAUUGCCAACAACAAGGCAUUCAAAAAGCAGAUAAAGAAGGCUGAAGGAGGGUACCAUUCGAUCCGGCAACAUUUCCGAUACCAACUCACGCAAACGAUCUUCCCCGAGCAGUUGUUUUCCAAGUUCUUCCUUGUGUGUAUUGAAGCGCUGAUGCAAGAGGGCGAGUUGAUGGAGGCGAUCACGAUUGAGCGGGAGAUCAAGCGAUUCACGAUCGAGCAUGAGGAAAUGGUCGAGGAACGUCAGUACCUCUUUGAAGACUUUGAGGAUGGUGUCGCCACGGGUCGGCGCGAGUUGGCAGGUAUCCUGGGUCGGUUGUUCCUGAAGGAAGGCAUGCGCAUUCAAGGCGAGAAUUUGGCUAUGCAGCGACAGUACACUUUGCUCCAGUCAUUGAGUGGAAAUGGCAAAGACGCUGCAGCGGUGGCUGCUGCUAUUGUGGAACAAAAGGCAGCGGAACAGCAAGAGAUGUCUGGCGGUGGCGGAAAGAAGAGAAAGGGAAGAGGCAAAAACGGAACUGCUGACAACAGUGCUGACUCAAAGCAGGAGGGUCAAUUGGCUUCUGAACGAUUUGAAAUGCUCAACAAGCUGUGUGGUGCUGUUUUGGACGAAAAGACUGCUGGUUCAGCGUCGACCACUACCGCUACUACCAGCAAUCAUAGCAGCAAGUCGAGCUCUGCUGUUUCUUCGCCAGCACCAAAGAAGGCGACAAUUCAUCAACAACAACAGCAGCAGCAACAAAGCAAUUCUACUACGAAGCCCAAAACAACAUCGCCCACAGCAUCAACUCCUGUUUCGAAACCAGCAUCACCAAUGCCAGCUUCGAAGCCAGUAGCAAUAUCUUCAUCAUCAAAGCCAACGACGCCAACUCCCGCUGCUGCUGCUGUCACUGCUACAACACCAUCUCUUCAAAAGUCACGCACACCCUCUCCUCCAAAGUCAAAGGCGGAUGGAUCUAGACCUGAGCCUAAAAAGGCGGCAACACCACCGCCGCCUACUGUUACUGCAGCUGUAACACCCGCAGCGAAGGCAAGUUCGACAGCUGCACCACCACUACAACAGCAACCAAAACCAAAACCGGCAUCCCCAACCAAGGCGAAUGCCCCAACGCCUAAACCAGCACCAGCACCAGCACCAGCAACCGGUCCGGCUCCGGUCGUACCAUCACCAGAACUUGGUAGUUGGGGUGCAGUGAAUGCUGCAGACAUGGUGAAAGGAUGGAACGCGUCGAAAAAUCCAGUCAGCGACAGCGACACAAAAUCUGCUCAAUCAACUGUGAGCAAGAGUAAACAACGUCAGAUCGUUGAUGAUGUCAAGAAACAGCCAGUACUUGAUGAAAAUGACAGUGGUUGGAGUGAGUCACCGGCACACAAGGGCAAUACUGAGGCGGAUGCUUGGAGUACGGAGAACACGGCGAUUUGGACGCGUACAAAGGACAAGCGCGAACCCUCUGCUGCCAGCACUACCACUACCAGUAAUAUACCCACCGUACCUGAGCAAUCCAAAAAGCCAACAUCAAUUCCAUCAACCUCAUCGGCACCGACAGUGUCAACGACGAAUGACGGUUGGAAUGAAGUGGUAUCCAAAAAGAAACCUCAGCAACAGCAACAGCCGGUCGCUGCACCUGCUUCACCUGCUACUGAUGGAUGGGACGCAUCGAACAGCCAAAACACAAAAGUCGCUAGUGGAUGGGGAAUCCAAGAAUCCACGAAUGAACCUACUGCUGCUGCCAGCGAUGGAUGGGAUUCUCAAGAGGCCAAGAAAGCCGCUACUGCCAAUGACGGAUGGGGACCUCAACAAGAGGCUACUAAAGGCGGCUGGGGAGCUGAACCAAAGCAAACAGGCAAUAGCGGUUGGGGAGCUGAGGCGAAGCAAACGUCGAAUGAUAGAUGGUCAGCCAAGGACAACACAUGGGGAACUCAAGAGACCAAGCCUGCUAGUACACCACAAAGACAAUCAUCUGAUGGAGGAUGGGGCAGUAACGCACAGGUGACGACCGAUGGCGGGUCGGGCGCAUCGCAAAAGCAGACGAUCGAUGACGGUGGUUGGAACGUAGGAGCUGAUGAUGGAUGGAAAACCCAAGGAUCCAAUGGUUGGGGCUCAAAAGAAAAGAAGGCCAGCAACAAUAACAAAAACCGACAAUCUACUAGCUACAACACUAGUAACAAUAACAACUACAGUAGCAGAGAUCGCCAACAGCAACAGGAACAAAAACCAGUUGACAAAUGGAGCAGCGCCGGUAACAGUGGAUGGGGUAACACGACAGGUUGGAACACGCGUGACGACCAAAGCGAUGACCAGCAACCCAGAAGUAUUCCUGACAGUGGAUGGGAUAGCGACAACACUAGCCAGCAUUGGCAGCAGCAGCAGCAACGUGGAUCAGUGCGUACGUCCGGUACUGCUACGCCUACAGAGCAACAACAGCAACCAAACGAAGUCGUCAACUUUACGCUCAAAGAUAUCCUUAAACAGUCGACUGCUGCACCUCCACCUCCUCCUGGUCUGGCUUCUCCAGCAGCUGCCGCUCCAGCAGCUGCCGCUCCAGUAGCAACAACUCCAGCAGUACCCCAACAAACAAUGGCCAGCAACACAGCAACGUUUACUUCCGCCACCGCGUCAUCUGCUCCUGGUCUCACUAAUACUGCUGCGUCAGCAACGGCUGCCGCAUUGGCCACCUCUUCGCUCAUCAUGCAACACCAGCAAGAUAUCGUGCCUGCCGAACAGAUGCGUGUCAUGAGCCAUGACAGUCUGGUCAACUUUGUCCAGAACCUGCAACGCGACAACACGCGUCUACUCCAAACCCUGAUUGGAGCACAGCAAGAAAUGUCUAUGCAGACGAGCCGUUAUACGGAAUUGAUGUCCUUGUCCCGCGAACGCGAAACCCAACUGCUGGAACUGUUUGAGGCUCGUAAACAGACGGAAAUGGAAGAGGCCAGAAGAUACAUUUUGUCACUUGAAGCAAGAAUCAGUACGUUGGAGGGUCAGCUCCAGACGGCUACGGCUGCUGCUGCUGCUGCCGCCGCUGCAUCCUCGUCCUCCAACAAUAAUAGUCAUCAUAAUCGCGAGCGUGGUGGAAGUCUUGGUGGCGCAACUGCGGGAUUCGGAAACCAGGACUUGUUUGCUGGUUAUCGUGAAGAAAUGCGUACCAGCCAACGCGGUAGACGCUACAACAAAAAUGCGGUCGUUCGAUGUGGCAACUGUGGUGGAUCUGGCCAUACCAGCGCCGAAUGUCAGGAUGUUUGCCGUUACUGUGGUUCCCAAGAUCACUUAUCAGAGACUUGCUCAAUGAACCAGUAGUCUGAUCAUAUAUAAUCGUCCCGUACAUACUCACAUUGAAAACAUCUAGUAGAUCAAAACGUAUACUUGUACCAUACUUAUUCUUACUCUGUCUGGAAUAUAUUCCCUGCACAAUUAAAAAAGUGUAUUUGUUGGACAGCAACUACUACUGCUACUAAUUAAAUUGAUGUCUCUUGC